GGGGCCGACGCGCAGGCGGGGAGGUGUGGGGCAGUUUGGGCAGUAGGGCAGCAGCCAUGGGGGGCUUGAAGGACGAGCUGCUUAAGGCCAUCUGGCACGCCUUCACCGCGCUGGACUUGGACCACAGCGGCAAAGUUUCCAAAUCCCAGCUCAAGGUCCUUUCCCAUAACUUGUGCACAGUUCUGAAGGUUCCACAUGAUCCUGUUGCCCUUGAGGAGCACUUCAGGGAUGAUGAUGAAGGGCCUGUCUCCAACCAGGGUUACAUGCCAUAUUUAAACAAGUUCAUUUUGGAAAAGGUCCAAGAUAACUUUGACAAGAUUGAAUUCAAUAGAAUGUGUUGGACCCUCUGUGUGAAAAAAAACCUCACAAAGAGCCCUCUGCUUAUUACAGAAGAAGAUGCAUUUAAAGUAUGGGUUAUUUUCAACUUUUUAUCUGAGGACAAGUAUCCAUUAAUUAUUGUUCCUGAAGAGAUUGAAUACCUGCUUAAGAAACUUACAGAAGCUAUGGGAGGAGGCUGGCAACAAGAACAAUUUGAACAUUAUAAAAUCAAUUUUGAUGACAGUAAAGAUGGCCUUUCUGCGUGGGAACUUAUUGAGCUUAUUGGAAAUGGACAGUUUAGUAAAGGCAUGGAUCGGCAGACGAUAUCUAUGGCAAUUAAUGAAGUGUUUAAUGAGCUUAUAUUAGAUGUGUUAAAACAGGGUUACAUGAUGAAAAAAGGCCAUAGACGGAAAAACUGGACUGAACGCUGGUUUGUACUAAAACCCAACAUAAUUUCUUAUUAUGUAAGUGAGGAUCUGAAAGAUAAGAAAGGAGACAUUCUCUUGGAUGAAAACUGCUGUGUAGAGUCUCUGCCUGACAAAGAUGGAAAGAAAUGCCUCUUUAUAAUAAAAUGUUUUGAUAAGACCUUUGAAAUCAGUGCUUCAGAUAAGAAAAAGAAACAAGAGUGGAUUCAGGCCAUUCAUUCUACUAUCCACUUGUUGAAGCUGGGCAGCCCUCCACCACACAAAGAAGCCCGUCAGCGUCGGAAAGAAAUGCGAAAGAAGCUAUUGGCUGAGCAAGAGGAGCUGGAGCGGCAGAUGAAGGAGCUCCAGGCCGCCAAUGAAAGCAAGCAGGAGGAGCUGGAGACUGUGAGGAAGAAACUGGAGGAAGCAGCAUCUCGUGCAGCAGAAGAGGAAAAGAAACGCCUGCAAACUCAAGUGGAGCUGCAAGCCAGGUUCAGCACAGAGCUGGAGCGUGAGAAGCUGAUCAGACAGCAGAUGGAAGAACAGGUUGCCCAAAAGUCCUCUGAACUGGAACAGUAUCUACAGCGAGUACGGGAGCUGGAAGACAUGUACCUAAAGCUGCAGGAGGCUCUUGAGGAUGAGAGGCAGGCCCGGCAAGAUGAAGAGAUGGUGCGGAAACUUCAGGCCAGGUUGUUGGAGGAAGAGUCUUCCAAGAGGGCAGAACUGGAAAAGUGGCACUUGGUACAGCAGCAGGCCAUUCAGACAACAGAGGCAGAGAAGCAGGAGUUGGAGCACCAGCGUGUCAUGAAGGAGCAGGCCCUUCAGGAGGCCAUGGCACAGCUGGAGCAGCUUGAGCUUGAGCGGAAGCAGGCUUUGGAGCAGUAUGAGGGGGUUAAAAAGAAGCUAGAAAUGGCAACUAAUAAGACCAAGAGCUGGAAGGACAAAGUGGCCCAUCAUGAAGGAUUAAUUCGAUUGAUAGAACCAGGUUCAAAGAACCCUCACCUGAUCACUAAUUGGGGACCUGCCGCUUUUACCCAGGCAGAACUGGAGGAAAGAGAAAAGAACUGGAAAGAAAAAAAGACCACGGAGUGACUACUCCUGACAGAAGUCCCCUCAGUUAUGCAGAUGCCAAGUGUGGCUGGAGAGCUUUAUGCUAAAGACAAAAGAAACUUGCUUCGCUGCUUCUAACUCUUUUCUUGGUGCCUCUAAUGGGGUCAGUGUGCUAAGGAGCCCUUCCUGCAAAUGCAAGCUUCUCUGAAAAGGACAAAAAAAGUCAAUGUUGUCAAGCUCUUUAUUUACUCUCUCUGAAAACUUCAGCUUCUGAAAAUUGCAUUAGGCUCAGAUUCUCUUCUGAGAGAGGCAGAGCAUGGUCAGCUCUGUAUCUGCAGGGUUGAGAGCAUGGGGUCUGAGUGCUCAAUAUCUCUGGGGAGUCAGAACCUCUUUGGACUGGGUGCCAGCUCUUCCUUUGGCAGCAUGUUUCCUUCUUUGUGUGUUUUAAGUGAGAUUGGCCUGUCUUCUUGGCAUCCGUGCCAGUUGAACUGGCAGGCCUUUGACCAUAGGUGCUCUGAUGGAUAGGUCAUGGAGUCUCUGCCAUUUCUCAGUCAUCCUUCUGGAUAGAUCUGGCAAUUGAGGUUUCUUAGCUUCUACUGAGAUAGUUCUUUCCCUAAGCAUCAUACAUUUGGCAUGUAUCAUUCCCAUUUCCUUUCCCUCACCUCAAAGAAAAACAUCCUCUUGGCUCAUACUCAACCUAAUUCUAUCUCGGGUGUUCUCUCUCCUUCUCUCUAGCAAAUGAUGUGCUACUAGGGUACUUCAUGCAGUAAGAGGAUUAUGUUGAGUGUAGAAAAAAGCUAAUUUGAAAUAAAAAUUAUUUUGUUGAUUUAUAAAGCAGAUUAUAUGCACAUGGGCAGUGGGAAGUUGCCCAUAUGUGUGUAGUUAGAUUUAAAAUGUUAUAAAGGGGGGAAAAUGUCAUGAGGAUGAUAACAUGUCAUUGUAUUAGCCCAACCAUAGCUCUCAUUAGGAGGGCAGCUUUUCUGCCUUUUCCCUUCCUGUGUGUAUCAGGGAAGAAAUAUCCAGUAUAAAUAAGUGCAGCAAGGAAAUUGAGAUCAGAGUCUAAUUCAAAAAGAAAAUUGAGGAAGUUUCCCAUGUAUAAUUUGUUUUUGAGUAAGAAUAUUUAUGAAGUCAAGCCUUCCAACACUAGUUAUUAAUUUAUAAACAUCAGUAACUUCAUGGAAAGCCAUGAUGCUUAAAAUUGAAAAGCAUAAAUAUGGGGGUAGCAGGGUGUGGUGGUACGUGCCUGUAACCCCAGGGACUCAGGAAGCUGAGGCAAGAAGAUCACAAGUUUGAGGCUAGUCUGUCUCCAAAUAAAAAAAAUAAAAAGGGCUGGCAAUGCAGCUUGGUGGUAGAGUGCCCCUGAUUUCAGUCCCCAGUACUGAAAAAAGAAGGAAAAGGGGCGCGGUGGGGGGGAAAGAACAAACAAGGGUAAUUCAGUUGUCACACAAAGGCAGAAUUCAGCCUCAUGGUUCUGGUCCUCGCCAACAAGCAUUACAUGAAGAAGAACUCGGGCAUUCUUGAAGUGGUUGCAUAACAGCAGUGAGGAAGCGAUUCUAAAAAGAUGUGUACAUCUAGAGUGGAUGGUCUUAAGAGAUUUCAGUGCAUGUAUUUAUUUACAUGAGUGGAAACUGGAAUAUAAUUCCACAUAUCUUUUAUGACUGGAAAAUAUUUGCCAGUGAAAUGGUCUUUAGAAAUUUGUCUUAAGGACUGUUUGAUAAAAAUAUAACUUUAUUUAAUGAUCUCUUAUAGUUGUCUUUAUAAAAUUAGAUUUUUAUCUAAAAUAUCUUUUAUAUUAUGCCUUCCAAAUGUAACAUAUAUUUUGGGUAUUGUUUUCUGCUGAGCCACUUAUAAGUAUUGUUAUUUUAUUCUGUCACUGGCAGAUAUAUUAGACCAACGGGAAUGGAACCUUUCUUGUGGUUUGAUUUAUCACACUAGGGACCCCCAAUCUCCCUCAUAACGGAUGAGGAAAAGAUAUUUUACAAAGAAGCCAAUGAGCCAUGUGACAUCUCUGGAGUAGAAACAGUGUGGACUUGGAUAGCCUGUGCAUGGGGUGGGUGGAAUGUGUGAAUUUCUGCUUUGGGGAAGUGCUGAGAUAGGCCAUAUAUAUCCUUGCAGAAUGUCCCUUCUUAAAAUCCAGCUUGUUGCAUAGCUGCAAAUGAAAACAUGACCUGGGGUUAGCUCCUCCAUUCCUGUCUCCAGUGGACCUCACUUUGUGGCCUGGGCCAUGAGCCUGAAGAUUGCUUGUUUUCUGGGCACAUGUGGGCCUUGACUUGACUAAGCAGUCACUCCUAGGAUGGUGCAAAAAGUUUGUAUUUAUUGCAUAGUGUCGACAUCCUGGCUUCCAUGGCACUACAUCCAGGAGGGAAGAGCCCCUCUAAACAAUGGUAAAACAGCAGCACAGAAAUGAACUCUGUCAAUCCUAUUUGGGAUGAUAUUUUUAUAUUAAUCAAAUUCCUCCUAAUAUUUAAAAUGGUUUCAGCUGUCAAAAUACCUAUAGACCCCUUGGUUUUACUUUUGUAAUUACUGUACAGAAAAUUUCAGGAGUGUUUGAAUGCUUGUCAUAAUCAGGCCUUUUCCUUAAUACGUAGACAUGAUCAUUUCCAGGAAUUAUACCUGAAAAAAGUUUUAAAAAGAUGUUUUGUUUUUUGCAGUAUGGACAGGGAACAAAAUAUAAUUUUCAAACAUCAUUAUCUAAACAUUGUGUAAUGUAAUAUGCUCAACUUUCUUAAUUUUUUUGCUAAUUUUUCUAAGAUAUAUUAAAAGUUUUUUAUAUUUUUUUUGUUUGUUGUUUGUUUUUGUAGUAAAAUGGACCCAGUAAGAAAAUUAAAUGUGCCAGAACAUCAUACAUUUUAAACUGUCUGGUUUAAUAAAACAAUGGGGUACA